AUGAAACUCCUUUCCACACUCGGCUGCGUUGCCAUUUGUCUGCAGUCGACAUUGGCUUUGGUAGCAGAAGAGGCAUGCGGAACCGUUAAGUGGUACAAUACCGAAAAAGGAUAUGGCUUCAUCAAACCGGAUAACGAUGGGAAUGAAGUUUUUGUCCAUCAAACAGGAUUGAAGGGGAGUGUUAGAGAAGGCCAACACGUCUGCUACCAACUUCUGAAUGGCCGUAAGGGUCUAUCUGCAACGAACGUUCACCUAGCACCUAAGGAGGAAUAG